AUGAAAGUAAUAUUAAUAACUUUGUUUCUAAAUUAUGAAUUGUUCGUCUGUAAAACUGUCCAUAAGGUACACAAACAGACACAAGGAACCAACUUCCACUUCCGAGGCCAACCACAAUUUAAGAGAGGACACAAAGUCUUCAGAACAGAAGAUAAGGUACUCUAUCGUCGGAGAGACUUUCCCGAAUAUGACGUCACAGGAGUCUUCUGGGGAGGCCAAACAGAUUUAGAGAGAAUGCCAAAACCAUACACAACAUCUACAUUCCUACCACCACUAGAGCGAGAAGAACCAGUACUCACGCUCGCUCCAACUCCAGGAGAAGAUGAAGAGUCUAUAACGAUGCCUCCAACUCCAGGAGAAGAUGAAGAGCCUAUAACGAUGCCUCCAACUCCGGAAGAUGAAUUAGACUCUCCAGAACAAAUAGAUGAUAAUACUUGGCCUUAUUUGAGACCACCGAGUACAGAACCGACCGACACUGUGUACACGAACUACCCUGGUUACCCAUACGAACCUCCUCCUUUCUUGGACUCAGUUAUAAAAGACCGUGAUAAAGAUAAUUAUAUAAAGUUAACACCUCAACCUACACAGAGUUACCAGCGACCUCCUGACGUCAUCUACGAUUAUACUAACACAGAACCAGGCCCCACCAAUGAUGGGAUCACAAAUCACACAUAUUAUGUUUCAAUUCCGUUAAAUACAAACAAACCAAGUGAAUAUACCAUUAACCUUGAAGCGUUUCCUUCUUCAGUACCAGCGUUACCACCAGACAUUGAUAGCAUGUACACUCUUAAACCUGAGCCAAAUAUUGGCACUUGGUCGACACCUACAACUACAACUACAACUUCAACUCCAAGCACUACCAUAAAACCGCUUUGGAAAGUUGUUCAACGCAAUGUCGGAAGAUCUAAUUUGAAUUCUAAUGUGACUAUAUCAGAAAAAGAUAUGUCAAACGUUAAGAAAUGGUUCAGUAAAGUAACCGCGGGAACUCCUGUUCAGAAGUGGUUUUCCUCCUGGGUCGGACUUACUACUGUGCCACAGAUGAGUACAUUGUCCAAAUCGCAAAUAUGGCUUCAAAAAAUGAAGGAUUUAGGUAUUCCUGUACACAGAGACGAUCCUGUGGACUACAAAUUGUCCACUGCCACGACAGCAACUGCAAGCUUUAUACUAAAAACGGAGAGUCAUGAUAUUUUGAGAAAAACACCAGAGUACAGUCCAUUGGCGAGCACCACUAUACCUACUGGAUUACCAGGCACUCCAGGGAACGUAUUAUAUGAAGAUAUUGUAACCUUCGCCACACCAGCUCCAUCAUUAAGACAAGUCUACUUCAAGAUGAUGGAGGACAGAAACGAAGGAUUUCUAACCAUCUUUCUACAGGAAAUAUUCAGGAUCACAUCCGAGAAAGAUAAGAGACUUGUAAAAGAACUGUUAAUGGAAGUGGAACCUCACAUAAAUACUUGGUACGACACUGAUCAACUGAAGUGGUUCGGACAACCCCUGGCUGACACCAUCGUGAAGCUUUCUCGGUUCCUCAGCGUAUCAGAGAUCGAUAACAUUAGAAGCUACUCAUCAAUGCUGUAUCAUAUGCUGCAAACCAGGAAGACUGCUGUAGCAGUUGACUUGAACUCCAUUAUAGAAUAUGCUGAUCUGCUGUACACUGAUGGUGAGGGAUGGGAACUCUUCGAUGCCAUUAUGGAGUAUGAACAAUAUCCUAAUGGUACAAGAAACGCAAAACAGCUUUGUGAAUUUAUAUUCGACUGUUUUAUGAGACCGUACAGAAGACUCAGCCAUUUAGAGCGCGGUCAAACGCUAUUCAACUCUAUCAAUACCGCAUUAAAGAAUAAAUUCCCUUCACGAAGACUUAAUGGAAUACUUUUUAGAAUUGAACCUCUGCAAUAAACAGUUGUAAUAAAACUAUAAACGUACAAUGCAAGAUAAAAUUACAUUCCACAGCACAAACAACAACAACUGGAAUAAAAUCGAAAUAUCUCCAAGAAGUAUACAAACGCAGCAGACGGAACAGGUACACAAAACAAUACAAACGGAACAAGUAUACAAAAGAAGUAAAAACUCCGGUCAUCAACAACUAUUACAUUUUAACAGCAACUAAAACUAAUAAUAAAGCUGUGAGAUAUAAAGUCAAUUUUAAUAGAAUUAAAGAAACGACAAUAAAUUACAAAAAUCUACUAUUUGGUAAUAUUUUCGAUGAUCAGAAAGAAAGCAUUUUGUAUGCAGAUAGUCGUUUGGACAGAAAUCCAUAUUUCAAUGACUUUGAUGAUGUUAAACAUGACACUGCAUCAAAUAAAUAUCUUACAACUAAUCGUAAAGAAAUGCACAGAAAUACGGAAGAAGAGAGAAAUUCUGAAUUAGAAGAGAACCACUCAAAGUCAAAGUCGAAGUCAUUUAUUUCAGUGAGACCAAGAAGGCAAUUUUGA